UCACCACAAAAACAAUGCAUUCUUGCAAUCGGAGAGACGGGCCUCGGGAAAAGUUUUACUGCAACUAUUUUUGGCGUAAAAGGUGUAAAAGUCGAUUAUUCGACCGAGCCCGAAACCGAUACAGUUACGUUUUAUGAUAUCGGAAACGGGAAUUUCCACGAUGAUACACCUGGGUUUGAUUGUUGUUGUGAAGAAAAGACCGACGAUGAAACUGUAUGCUCGAUUGUAGAGUAA